UAACCGCCUUGUCGCUCUAGUCCUCAGUCGUAGUGAAACCUCCGUUGGAAGAACUUUCAGCGUCGCAGACCACGAUGACGAGCGGAGAUCUGUGCGUAGCGGCACCGGCCAGGCCGGUCACCUGUGAGGAGAAGGUCUACCCUGGAGUCGUCUGGCGGAGGGCGCAGCCCCGAUGCCUCUUCGGCCCACCGGAUCCAGUCGAGACCGAGAAACUCCUCCAGGAGCAGACGAGGAUCGAGCUGGAGCGGUUUCAAAGACGAUGGGACGUGGAUCUGGAGCUGCUGGAGGCUGCCAUACAGGAGAGACUUCAACCCUCGCCCUCUCAGGACAAACCUGUCGCGAACCCCGGCAGCACCCUCAGGCCCACGGUCGACAGACCCAAGAGGUUACAGCCUGGAGGCCUAAAACGUCAGACUUACCUUACAGAAUUCUGGAGAUCCAGGAGAUCACUGACCUUAGUCUUCGGGAAGAGCAAGAACAAGAUGCGAGCCUCCGUCAGCCUCCAGACUCCAAGCCUGGAGUGACUCCAGCGUUCCAGCCUUCCAGCUUCAUCCUCUAGUCCAGCAACUCCGUCAUCCUUAGUUGUAGACCCCUUGUUGUCUUUGUGUAUAUUAUCGUAGAAUUUUGAUUUUGGAGACCACCAUUGCAUCACGCUUUCGUCUUAUGGAUCAAAAACAUUCAGGACAGUAUUAACAUUUUUUCCCUAUUACAAGUAUCGUCUUCUUUGCAUCCCAGAUUUAAUCCUUUACUUUAUUACUGUAAUCAAACAACACUCUCUUUCCAAUGAAAAGUAGAGAUGAAAGCUUUUCCAAUGGUGGUUUCCUAAUUUAUAUAUGUUGUUGAAAGUUGGUUAGAGCAGCACAGUAUCCAUGUUACACUUACCGCCAGUUUGUACGAUACAGAAUAAAAAUAUAGAUUUAAAAAAUGCCUCGAAACUGAACAGAACUCUUAUCAAGUUCUGUUUUGUUUUGAUGCUUUACUGUAAUACUUAGGCGACACCACGACUGUGGAUAAUCUCGUGUCGCCUCUGUAAUACAAUAUAUUUGUCUCUUAAUUACAUCGCUGGUUUGUGUAUUGUUGAUAGUAUUACAGUUUAGUUUUGAAGUAUGUAAAAAUUUCAGUAGUCUCUAUGGCAAAUAUUAUUGUAAAUAACAUUACCGUAAGGAAUGCAAUGUUCCAAUUAACUAAAAUUUACUUUCAGGUUAACAACCAGAUGGAAUAAAAAGAUUUAUGUGUGGAUAAAUUAUUUUAUAGUUUUGUAAAGCUAACUCAGGUUUCAGCUGACUUCACAUCAAUCCGUGAGUCAGUUCCGGUAUGAUUCAUUGACUCAUUCACUCUCCACCAAGCUUUCGUGAGUCAGUUCCUAUGACUCACUCGGUCUUUUGUUUCAAAAUAAAACAUCGAAAACCUGUUUGGUAUGAGCAAUCCUGUGAUGUUUUAUAUCUAAAUAACAGUACACAACAAAGGUAGCCUACCCAAAAAUAAUAAAUUUCCAAAAUAACUACUGAUCCUGCACUCCACCCAAUUAUGAAGGUCAAUAAUAUAUAUUUUAUACGGUACGUUACUUUUUUUAUCUUAAUAAAAAUAAGUUGUUUUUUUUUCGGAACAUAUUAUAUACAUGAUUCCCGGUAGAAUGUUCCUUUAAACUUGUAAAAUAACUAUUUUUUAGGUAUUUUUAUAUAAAAAUAGAUCGCGUUCCGAAGCACUUUAAUUCCCCAGUGUUUUAUUAACCGUUGCAAGUAAGUUCUAGGAUCUACUCUGAGUUUGUGCGAGUGAGUGAGUCAGUGAUCACGUACUAUACUGAAUGUACUGUACUGUUAUAGUGUAAUGUACCAUAGUGUAGUGUAGAUGCUCUAGUCCAAGGUCAGAUCUCACUGUAUAGCCUAACGCUUCCUUUAUAUAACAACGUUGGAUAUACGUUAUACCCUAUAUGUAAUGUAUGUACAUUGUAAUUAAAUGAGAUUAAUGUAAUAAAUAUUUACUAUAUUUUCACCAAA